CUUUCUGCUUUGCUACCAGAGACGCGUGUCAUCAAAAAACAAUCUUCUUGAGUUUGCUUUCUUCACUUUCUCCAUCUAUCGGUUGAACACCAACCCCGCCCCGCCUUUUGUAACCAUCACCUCUAGCCGAGCCAAGGCAUCGCUUAACCAGCCAACAGAAAUAUCGACCAUCAUUGUGUUGGGAGCCGCACCCACAAUGUCCUACCCAGGCUACCCUCCAGCGUCGCCUUAUGGCCAGCCACCACCACAAGGAGGCGGAUAUUAUCAGCAGCCUCCUCCUCAGCAGCAUCAUCAGCAACCUCCAUAUGGUGGACCUCCGCCUCAUGCUCACUACAACACCUACCAGCAACCACAACAAGGAUAUGGACAACCACCGCCCGGGCCGCCGCCGGGGCAGUACGGCGCACCCCCUCCACAGCCCUAUGGUGCUCCGGCUCAUUCCCCACCACCCGGGACGUAUGGUGCUCCUCCUCCCCCGAGCACCUCGUAUUACCCGCCCGGGCCUCCGCAGGCCGGUUACGGCGCACCACCGCCUCACGGUUACGGACAGCCUCCCGGUCCGCCCCCUCAGCAAUCCUAUGGUGCCGUACCGCCCACACCCACAGCGUACCCGCCCCAGCCCUACGCCGUGCAGUACCCGCCGACACCACCUUCGCCCGGAUAUGGCCCUGCAAUGACCAUCCCAUGGAACCCCGAUCCGGACGCGGAUAGGCUAAGGAAAGCCAUGAAGGGAUGGGGCACGGAUGAAAAGGAGCUGAUCCGGGUUCUGGCCGACAAGGACCCCUUCCAGAUCAAUAUGCUCCGCGAUGCGUUUCAACGGCGCCACCGCCGCGAUCUUAUCGCUGACAUCAAGAGCGAGACGAGCAGCUGGUUUGAGGAAGGGCUCGUCAUGCUUGCCCGGGGUCCUCUUCUCAAUGACGUGCACAUGCUGUUCAAUGCCAUGGAUGGGGCAGGCACCAACGAAGACAUCCUAAACGAUAUCCUCCUCCGCCGGUCCAACGCCGACCUGAAGUCUAUCAAAGCCGAAUUCAGUCGAGUUUUCCAUCGGUCACUGGAGGAAAUGGUGCGCGGCGAACUGAGCAUGAAGACGGAACGGCACUUUAUGAUUGUGCUCGGUGCCACACGUGCAGAAGACGCGGCUCCAGUGAUGAAGGCGGACAUUGACCGCGACGUCGACGAUCUCUACAACGCGACUGAGGGCAAGAUUGGCACAGACGAGAUGCGCGUAUGCAGCAUUCUGAGCUUGAGGAAUGACAACCAGAUCCGUGCCAUUUCCUACGAAUACAGGCAAAAGUACGCCAGGGAUCUCGAUACCGUGAUCCAAAAGGAGUUUUCGGGACACAUGAAGGACGCCCUUCUCAUCCAGCUACGCCACGGCACUGACAAGUACAUGCUGCAGGCCCGGCUCCUCGAGGAUGCCAUGGCAGGAAUGGGGACAAAAGACCGUCUUCUCACCAGCCGUCUGGUGCGGGCUCACUGGGAUCGCAACAACAUGCGAAAUGUCAGGAACGCGUACGAGCAGCGUUACAAGAAGAAGUUGGCCAAGAGAGUGCAGGGGGAGACCAGCGGUGAUUAUCAGAGGCUUUUGAUGGCGAUUUGUGGAGAACCUAUUUGAGGGGCGCGCGCAAAAAGUGUGUCGCCUUCAAAGUUCACUUCGCACCCAGCAGUGACUUUACUUUCACACCAAGCUUCGGCCGAGUGUGAUAUAAUAUUUAACCUUAAUGAACACUGAGUUAUAGUCAU